AGAAUAAAUAUAACUGGAUUUUAAAGAUUCAGUCACAAGAUCGAAGGGUCUGGUUCCAAUGAAUCGAGUGACUAAUAUUGGUAAAAAUCAAAAACAGGGCUCGUUUAAAAGCAUGGUACUUCGAAGGUCAGGUAUUAAAACUUCACCUCUAGUUAGUGAUACAAUUGUUGAGACGGACGGAGAAAGGACCAUUUGCCGGACACUCAGUACGGAGUCGAUUAAAACACACUGCUCAAAUUCGGGGUAUGAUGGUGUUAUCCCGGAUAUGAGCAACGGUUUUCCAGUGGCCGAACAAACGCGACAGAGAAUGAAACCGUGGUUGGAGUACCACAUUAAUAGCGGGAACAUCCCGGGCCUCCACUGGCUUGACAAGGACAAGAAGAUUUUCAAGGUGCCAUGGAAACACGUUGGCAAUAGGGAGUGGUCGGAGUCUGACGGCGCCAUAUUUAAGGAAUGGGCGGUGCACACCGGACGUUUCCGGGAGGGCGUGGACACGCCUGACUGGCCAACGUGGAAGACGCGCUUCCGAUGCGCGCUCACAAAGCUUCCGGACAUUAAGGAGCUGAAGGAGUUCAAUCGGCUGGACGGACAGACGGACGAACCGUACAGGGUGUACCAGUUUGUUCCUAGGAUUAAUGGCGACACUAUAGUUCCUGCUAUUCGGUAUGCGCCUGCACACACGGAAGUGAAGGAGGAGAGCUCGAUGCACUGUGAGACGUACACACAUCCGGUCAUCCCUACCACCGUCAACACCGACUCGAAUAACCUGUCGGUGCGGUCUGACCGGGGGGACGGGCGGCUGACCUCUGACCUUGAGCGGAUCUCAGAGAGUGACCUGCUCAAAAUCAGCGGUGACAUGAACAUUCAACAGAUCAGUAUUGAUCAGAACAUGGACAUAACAGAUGAACAAGAGCGGUCGGAAGAAGUCGAACGGCAGGCAGUAUCGCGCCCGUCGACGAUCAACCCCAUCAACUUCGACCUCGAUGAGUCGGACUCCAAGCUGUAUGUUAUGGUAAACUACUUAAUGCGGCGAGUGUAUGAGGGUCUGUGCUCCAACCCCGCCGGCUGUAGGAUAUUCCACGACACGCAGGUCCCCAUCGCAGACGUCAACGAGUACCGUGAGAUGUUUGGUCCCGAGGAUGCGGCCCCAAUCCGACUUCCGGCGCUGGACCAGCAGUUGAAUAUGCAGCAGCAACGGCUUACGGACGACCUGCUCCUUGCUGCGGACCGCGGCCUCGUGUUGCACAUGCGCGCCGGAAGCAUCUACGCAAUACGAAAAUGCAGAUGUCGUAUUUACAUCUCUUCUCCGUCCUAUAACAACGGCGACACGAUGAAACUCGACCGUGAUGUAGAAACCAACAUAUUUGAUCUCCAGAACUACUUUAAGCCCGCCCUACAAAGAUUCCUACACCAGCGUGGGCCUAAACCCUCGGCGGAGGUAAUCAUCUCAUUCGGUCAAAAGUUCGAGCCUUCCAAAGACUCUAUGAACGAUUUACUCAUAUCCGCAGCGGUGAUUCAUGCUGAGGCCUUCCAUUUAUUAACAAGGAUCAUGUGCAGUAGUUCCUUGACACCAACAGAGGAGUUUUCAAAUAGUGAUCAAAUAGACAGAGCCAUGGGCUUACGAUAUGACCUCUCACAACCCAUGUAGCAGGGGCUAUCUAUAUCUGAGGAAAUUGACUCAGAAACUAUUCAAUAGGGAUCUGAGUUUCAGUGCAAUUAAUUAAAUCAUAGAAAAUUUAUAACGUAAAAGAAAAUGUAGCAAUGCUGAAUAAAACUGUGCAAUUGAGAAAAUGACAAUAUUCUGAUACAUUGACCGUUCGGGAUGUUCUACCUUAAAUGGUCAUGUUGUAGGCCUUCGAAACAUUGACCAUUCGUGGUGUUCUACCUUAAAUACCAUAUCGGAGGCCAAUGAAACAUUGACCCAUUGGGGUGUUCUACCUUAAAUUACCAUAUUGGAGGCCACUGAAACAUUGACCCUUUGGGGUGUUCUACCUUAAAUACCAUAUCGGAGGCCAAUGAAACAUUGACCCUUUGGGGUGUUCUACCUUAAAUUACCAUAUUGGAGGCCACUGAAACAUUGACCCUUUGGGGUGUUCUACCUUAAAUACCAUAUCGGAGGCCAAUGAAACAUUGACCCUUUGCGGUGUUCUACCUUAAAUUACCAUAUUGGAGGCCACUGAAACAUUUACCCAUUGGGGUGUUCUACCUUAAAUGACCAUAUUGGAGGCCUCUGAAACAUUGACCCUUUGGGGUGUUCUACCUUUAAUUACCAUAUUGGAGGCCACUGAAACAUUGACCCUUUGGGGUGUUCUACCUUUAAUUACCAUAUUGGAGGCCACUGAAACAUUGACCCUUUGGGGUGUUCUACCUUAAAUGGCCAUUUUGGAGGCCUCUGAUACAUUGACCCUUUGGGGUGUUCUACCUUAAAUGACCAUAUUGGAGGCCACUGAAACAUUGACCCUUUGGGGUGUUCUACCUUUAAUGACCAUAUUGUAGGCCACUGAAACAUUGACCCUUUGGGGUGUUCUACCUUAAAUGACCAUAUUGGAGGUCACUGAAACAUUGACCCUUUGGAGUGUUCUACCUUAAAAUACCAUAUUGGAGGUCACUGAAACAUUGACCCUUUGGAGUGUUCUACCUUAAAAGACCAUAUUGGAGAUCUCUGAAGCCUUGGCCAUUACGGAUAUUUACCUUAAUGGAUGUCAGAAGUACAAGUCGUCAAGAAAUUUCUUUAGUUAAGUAUGUUAGUUUCGGUCAGCUGUUAUGAAGCAUAUGUAUUGUUGUUAAUUAUGUAGUUAAGACUCUUUGUGAACAGUACAAACAGGAGAGGACUUACUUGUUCGUAGAUUCACAGAUUCACGUUAAGUCAUCACAAAAUGUAUGUAUGCAAUAAAUAUUUUUUGGAUAUUACCAUCAUAAUCUUCCUAUUUCAUUAAAACUUUCAUUGUAUUCACUUUCAUUAAAUCAUGAUUGAUUAAAUUUCAUUAGUUUCACUUUCAUUAAAUAAUGAUUCAUUUGAUAAAACGUGUAUUGCUUCAUGAUUGGUAACACGUGCAUUUUUCUGUUUUUUACGGCUGAAUUUGCUUUGCAGCUGCCAUUGUUGUUGCUAUUUUUCUGAAACUGAAAUAAAAAUUAAUGAUUUAAAAAAAG